UAUCUCCUCAUAACACAUAAGCCACCCAAUUUUCCAUUUACUUCGUCUGCUGUAAACAUGUGGAAAAUGAAUCAAUACCUGCCCUUAUUCCUUAUUGCCUCUUGUUUGUUCUUCAUUUCACAUUCUCAAACUAUUUCUAAUACUUCCUCUCAACAUCGUUGCCUCCUUGACCAGAGCUCUGCUUUGUUGCAACUGAGGAAAGAAUUUGUUGAGAAGAGAAUUUAUUAUGAUGAAUAUGAUCUGUUUGAUUACUAUAAUGGUUCGUAUCCAAAGAUGAAGUCUUGGAAGGCAGACAGUGAUUGUUGUUCCAACUGGGAUGGGGUCACAUGCGAUGCACACAACGGCCACGUCAUUGGCUUAGACCUCAGCAAAAGCUGGCUUUGUGGGCCUCUCAAGUCUAACAGUAGCCUCUUCAGGUUGCACCAUCUUCGAAAACUCAACCUUGCCCUUAACAACUUCUCUUCCUUCACCACAAUCCCAUCUGAGUUUGGGCAGCUUGUGAGGUUGACCCAUCUUAAUCUCUCUCGUUCCUUCUUACAUGGCCGAAUCCCGUCCGAAAUUUCAUGGCUCUCCAAUUUGGUUUCACUUGAUCUCUCUUUCAAUUAUUUUCAAUACUUUGUUGCUGCUGAUUAUCAUUAUAAAUUUUUGAAGCUCAGAAGAAUUGAUCUCGAAGCACUUGUCCAGAACGUGACAUAUUUGAGAGAACUUCAUCUAGACGACGUGGACCUUCCAUGGUCACUACCUCAGUCCCUCGCAAAUUUGUCUUCCUUGACUUCUCUUUCUCUGUCUUGGUGCAUUUUGCUUGGCGAAUUUCCCUCAGAUAUUUUCCUACUGCCCAAGAUACAAGCCAUUGAUGUGUCAGGUAACAACAAUCUCACUGGUUUUCUUCCCAAUUUUCGAUCUGGUAGUUCCCUAAAGCAAUUGCGUCUUUCCUCCACGAAUUUUUCUGGAGAAUUGCCCAAUGCAAUCGGAAACCUUAAGUCCUUGAACUUUUUGGAUCUUUCUGGAACAAAUUUUUCUGGGGAAUUGCCUGAAUCAAUCGGCAACCUUAAAUCCUUAAGCCAUUUGGAUCUUUCUGGGGCAAAUUUUUUUGGGGAAUUGCCCAAUUCAAUCGGAAAGCUUGAGUCCUUGAAUGCUUUAUAUCUUCGCUCAACAAAUUUUUCUGGGAAACUGCCCGAUUCAAUCGGCAAUCUCAACUCCUUGAAUUAUUUGGAACUUGAUUUAAGUAAAUUUUCAGGAGAAAUUCCCCCUUCUAUUGGGAACUUAUCACAGCUUACUUAUCUUUCUCUCUAUUGGAACAAUUUUAAUGGUCAGCUUCCAUCCACAUUAGGAAAUCUUGCAAAACUCACUUCUCUAGAUCUUGGCUAUAACCUUUUCUUUGGCAAAGUACCAUCUUCACUGGGAAAUCUUACACAACUAGAAGAAUUAUUCCUUCCAUAUAACAAUUUUGAAGGCAGGUUCCCAGUUUCACUAACAAAUAUUACCAAACUCACUAGGAUAGGUAUAUCAGGAAAUCAAUUGAAAGGGUCAAUCCCAUCUGAAAUAAGUAAACUUACUAAUUUGUCUCUCCUUGCCUUGUCUUAUAAUUCACUCACAGGGGCUAUCCCUUUGGUUUUGUAUACAAUGCCUUCAUUGUCUGAACUGAUUCUAAAUCAAAAUCAGCUUACUGGCCCUCUCCAAUUCCAAAAUAUCUCUUCAUCACAAUUAAAUAUCCUGGGAUUGAGUGGAAACAAAUUGGAUGGACCGGUUCCAAGGUCAAUUGCCAAUUUCACUAAGCUACGAGAGCUAUAUCUUUCUUCGAUCAACCUAAAGGACAAGAUGGAGUUAAACAUAUUCUUCCAGGUUAAAGAGCUUCAAUAUCUCGAUCUUUCAGGUAACAAUUUGUUGGUUUCAAAAGAAAAUAUCAAUUCAACCCACCCCAAAAUUUCAUAUUUGUUGUUGUCUUCUUGCAAUUUGCGUGAAUUCCCUGAUUUCCUAAAAGCCCAAAAUGAAUUGAAUACAUUAGACCUUUCCAACAAUAAAAUUGAAGGUAAAAUACCCAAAUGGUUUUGUAAUGUUGGAAAAGGGACACUACAAUACCUGAAUCUUUCUUUUAACCUUCUCAGCGGUUUUGAACAACCGCUAAAAGUUCUUCCUUGGAAAUUCAUUAUCUAUUUAGAUUUACGUUCCAACAUGUUGCAAGGGUCACUCCCAAUUCCCCCAUUGUCUACAUCAUAUUUUUUUGCCUCAAACAAUAAUCUAACCGGGAAAAUCCCUCAAAUGAUUUGUAAGGUGAAUUCCCUCCAAGUCCUUGAUAUUUCCAACAACCAGCUGAUUGGUCAGAUUCCACAAUGUUUCGGUCACUUUAGCAAUUCUCUUUUAGUAUUGAAUAUGAGAAACAAUUGCUUUCAAGGAAACUUGCCUAAAUCAUUCAUGAAAGGAUGCAGUUUGGUGACACUUGACUUAAGUCACAACCAAAUACAGGGGAAGAUUCCACGAUCAUUAGCACAAUGUCGAAUGCUAGAGGUCUUAAAUCUUGGAAAUAACAACAUUAAUGAUGCAUUCCCCUUCUGGUUGCAGUCUUUGCCAGAGUUACGAAUUCUAGUCUUGCGAACAAAUGGAUUCCAUGGUCCUAUAUGGACUCCUCAUACCAGUUUUGGCUUUUCCAAGUUACAUGUCAUUGACCUCUCUCACAACAAUUUCUUUGGUAGGUUACCAUCAGAAUGCUUUAAAACUUGGAAUGCAAUGCUAAUGGUCCCUACCAAAGAUUACUCACAACCUGAAUACAUGGGAAGUCAAUUUAAUUAUUAUGAAGACUCAAUGACAAUAGUGAAUAAGGGGUUAGAAAUAUUUUUGGUAAAGAUCUUGACCAUCUUCACAGCUAUUGAUCUCUCCAAUAAUAGGUUUUACGGAGAAAUUCCGAAUAGUGUGGGAAACUUAAAGGGACUAAUUUUACUCAAUUUAUCAAGCAAUAGCUUCAUAGGCCAUGUCCCUUCAUCCUUAGGGAACCUAACUUCACUUGAAUCGUUGGAUCUUUCUCAAAACAAGCUUUCAGGUGAAAUCCCUCAACAACUAAUAGGUCUUACAUUUCUUGAAUAUUUAAAUUUGUCUCAUAAUCAACUUAUUGGUCCAAUUCCACAAGGUGGACAAUUUUGGACAUUUGAAAUUUCAACUUUUGAGGGAAACUUGGCAUUGUGUGGCUCUCCGUUGCCAAAGAAAUGUGGAAUUGAGCCACCAACUUAUGAAACAAGGCAAGAAUCGUCAAUAGUAGAAGGAUUUGAUUGGAAAGUGAUUGUGAUAGGAUAUGCCUGUGGAUUGAUGAUUGGACUAGUUAUUGGGCAUUUUGCCACCUCAAGGACAGAUUGGUUUGUGAGAAAUUUUUGAGUGCACUUACGAAGGUGAAGAUGAAGACAAGUAGAGGCAGUUACUCUUGAUUUAUAGUGAUUGUAAUAAUUGUACCUAUGUGUGGAAUAAUACGGAUUGUCACCAUCAAACAGUACAUGGCCAGCCCGAUCCAGGCCUUGAUAUCUCUUAUAGCACCUUCCAAGAUGGAGCUGAAGGGAGGGGAGUAUAGUAGAGUUGGUUAGAAAUUUGUUAAUGUAUCAAUAUCAAAGAUGAAGUUCCAUCAUCCGGUACUAGAUACUUUCUCCCCAAGGAAAUCUGAUCAUAUUAGUCCGCAUAAACAGCAUAUGGAUAAGUUGACGUGCAUGCUUACUGAUUUCCAGGUUAUCUUUUACUCUCAUUUUUGUGCCAAACGCUUUUGGGAAGGUUGUAAAUAUUUGUUUGAUGCUUAUAAUUAUGUGAUAAUCAUCAAUGAUGUGUGAAUUUACCAUUAGGCAGACCCAAGUUGUGAUGCAUAUAUAACUUCACCAAUUUGGAUAUCAUCAACAAUUCCAGCUUAUUGGAUAUGGCAAUUUCCAAGUGAAUUUGAGGCUUCCUCACAUCAGAAUGUUUAUUGCAAUAAAUGUUAAAGUAUCUGUGAACUUGAGGGGGAUGCUUCCAUAGAUGAGAUUCUUAACCAGCAGUUUAAAAAUUAUUCAUCCCUUUCAAAAACCCGUUUAGAAGUGAAAAUGGUUCAGUCACUUGCAUCAAUAUGGGAGGAGUAUGAAAGGACUGGAAUGCAUAAGGUGACAAUGCCUCCUAAUCCUGGCCUACCACCUCCACAGGAUGUUCUUAAAACUCUUUGGCUAAGUCUUGAAUUUGUGAACAAACUUAUUGAAUUUUGUAGUGAAGCAAAAAACUCUUUGACUCUGACUCCAUUUGAGAAAAAAUGUAAAGUUAAAGCAGUCAAUGACAUCAUCAAUUGAUGAGGGAAACUUGGUUGGAAUUGGACAUGUUAAGCCUAACAAUAUAGAUGGAGAAUUUGAAGAAUGCUAAAGAAAAAGAAAUAAUUGGAUCUUUGUCACCACAAGUUUUCAAUAUGUGUAGAAGAUGGUCCAAUACUCACUAAAGGGAGAAAUACAAGUAUUGAACCAUUGUCUUGAGGUUGAAUAAAUGUGGUCAUCAGCAAUUAUUGAAACAUUAGAUCCAAAGGCUGCAGAUAAGGAAGCCCUCUGUCUUCUACAAUGGCUAGCCACAUCUCAGGUUGAUGAAGAUGAACUUGCUCGUGAGACUGGAGAAGGCCAAUAAGGAUUGUGAGAGCAAGUUUCAGGAGUGCCAAGACAUUCUUAAUUCAAUUGCUGGACAGCUUACUUUGAAGCUGAUAGCAAAUGUAACAUAUGGCUAUACAGCUGCUGGAUUUAGUGGUCGCAUGCCUUGUGCAGAGCUUGCAGACAGUAUUGUUCAAUGUGGCCGUAGUACCCUUGAAAAGGUAAUUUCAUUUGUGAAUGCACAUGAUAAAUGGAAAGCUAAAGUUAUUUAUGGUGAUACUGACAGCUAGUUUGUCCUCCUCAAAGGACGCACGGUCAAAGAGUCUUUUCGAAUUGGGAAUGAGAUUGCCUCUGCAAUCACUGCUAUGAAUCCAAACCCAGUUACUUUGAAAAUGGAGAAAGUAUAUCAUCCAUGCUUCCUCCUUACUAAGAAACGCUAUGUUGGUUACAGUUAUGAGAGCCCAGAACAGUCUGAACCUGUAU